AUAGCUUUACCCCAAAUCCAAAUCACCAGUUUCUUCCAUCUCCCACAGUUCAUCACCCCCCAUCAUCUUCAUCAAUGAGUUCCAUCAAACCUAGGGUGAUAAAAUAUAAUUUAUCUAUAAAAUUAAUAUAAAAUAUUAAUAUAACUUAAUCAUAACGAUUCAAGUAAGAAAGACGAAGAAAAAGAGAAAAGAGAAUCCCCUCCCACCCCCAGACACUGACGCAUCUCUCCUUUACUGCUACUACGAUUAAACUCUCUCUCUCUCUCUCUCUCUCUCUCUCUCUCUCUCUCUCUUCUCUAAAGUCACUCUGGCACUCUGGCACUCUGGUCAGAAAUUGCGUACAAGAUUGGUUGAUAUCCAAAAUCAUAUAGACCAAUAUCUUUUGGUUUAAAAAGGGGUCCGUUCUUGUUCUUAGUAAUUUCGAUUUUCGAUGGCGGAAUUGGUUGGGCCGAGGUUGUACAGCUGCUGCAAUUGCCGAAACCAUGUUGCCCUUCACGACGAUGUCAUUUCGAAAGCCUUUCAGGGUAGAAAUGGUCGAGCGUUUCUGUUUUCACAUGCAAUGAACAUUACAGUCGGGCCAAAAGAAGACAGACAACUCAUGACCGGUCUGCACACGGUCGCUGAUGUUUCCUGCUGCGACUGCCAUGAGGUGCUGGGUUGGAAGUAUGAACGUGCCUAUGAGCAAACACAGAAGUACAAGGAAGGGAAAUUCGUUCUCGAGAAAUCGAAGAUAGUCAAGGAAGACUGGUAGCAUCUGUGAAGGCUUUCAAGUUCAUCCAUCUGCAUGUCAAAUGUAAGUGUAUGGAUGCUCGUGCUUGUAUUUAUCUUGUCAAAGUCUUAACAAUUGAAAAAUUCAAUUGUUGUUGUUCGUUGUGGAUUCCUCUUGUGUCUGUUGUGUGAAUAUUGUAUCUGGAACCGGCAUAUUACUAAUUUGAAUAAGAUGUGAAUAAUUCAUUCA